AUGCGUGAAGACCUUAUUACCUCUGCUAUUUCAUUCCUAUCUGAUCCCAAGGUUCAGUCAGCACCUUUAGCCAAAAAAGUUUCUUUUCUAGAGUCCAAGGGAAUGACCUCUGAAGAAAUUGAAGAAGCUAUGGCUCGUGUUAACGGCAAGUCAAUAGGUGCUGUCGCUCCUCAGGUAGGUACCAUGGCUACUCAACAACCGGGUAUGAUGGUUCAGCAUGCACCUCCUCCUGUUCCAGCCAGACCUGCUUAUGACUGGAGAGAUAUUUUUAUUGCUGCUGUAUUAGCUGGAGGUGUGGGUUAUGGAGUGUGGACAUUGGCUAAGCGUCUUUUUGGUCCUUGGUUUAAGGUACCUACACAAAAAGAACUAGAAGAAGACAAAGAGAAAUUAGACGCUCAAUUCCAAGCAGUGGAGGAUUCAUUAAAAGAGAUUAAAGAUCAAACAAACACAGCACUUACAACCGUUACAUCACAAUCUAAAAAAAUUGAUGAUUCACUUACAAAUCUCGACACCGUCAUCAAAGAACUUAAGGAAGGUGAUGCACAAAGAGAUCAAGAAUUUAAGAGUACUUUGGAACGUAACAAGGAGGCACAGAAUGCAGUUCUGGUUGAUCUUCAAAACGAAAUGAAAUCACUUAAAUCCCUUCUUGUUAGCAGACGUGCUGUUACUACUUCUGAUUCGGUCUCUAGUGCACCUACCACACCUGCUUCUCAAGCAUCUACUAACUUAACUGAUGGUUUAUCUUCCCGUUUAUCUGCCACACUUAACAAUAGUGGUGCUCGUGCUGGUAUUCCCGCUUGGCAAAUGGCUUCUAACAAUACCUCCAAUGAAACUAAUAACAAUGCUGAAGCUUCUGGUUCUUCUGCCAAUUAA